AUGAUAACUCAAUCUCAAACAAAUGACUUAUUGAUGCAAACUUUACUCCAAAGAAAAAGAUUAAUAUUAUUUCAUUUAAUGGUUUAAGGAAUUAAUAUAGUUUAAGCUGGAAAAUUUGGAAAAACUUGAUAAAAACUUUUUGAGUAAAGUAUUGGCAUUAUUAUAAAUUAUUGUAAAGCUGAAACAACUGUUGCUGAUAAUAGUUUAAUUAUUCAAUUAAAUAGGAAAGAAAAUUGGGAAGACUAUUCUUAACGCAGAUCAAAUAAAAAUGCGAUGAAUUUUUUAUUGAGUGUCAGGGCAGGCCAUAUUAGAAAAGAGAAUAAACUUUUGCUUUUUUCAGGAUAAAGUCUCUCUUUUUCUAAGAUUUUACAGACAAAGUUAAUAAGAAGAAAUAAAUGUAUUAGUUUAUGAAACAGAGUAUGUAUGUUAAUGAAUUAACCUUAAUAAAAUGGAAGCUCAUUCUCUGCUGUAAGAAUAUAAUAUAUAAAGACAAUUCAAUGCAGAUAAAAGUUGAUAAUCACAAAUAUCUAAGGGAAACUACUUUUUGUAUUAAUAAAUUUAUUAAGUCCAGUAAUUGCCAAAAAUAUUCUAAAAAGAAUUAAUAAAUAACAGUGAUUUGA